UGAUUCCAUAUGGUUGCCGCUGUGUUCAAGGGUUGCUUGUUUUUCGAUAAAAACGCUGACGUGUUGUGAUUUAAACUGGCGAAUUAAAUUUGUGUUGAAAUGAAGGUGAAAACCGGGGUUUUGAACACUUUUUUGACCAUUUCGUGCUUUACCGGAUUGGGUUUAUCCAUUUACGCGUACUAUAUAGGGUUGAAUUUGGAAGUUAAUAAGAAUUAUCAGCCUUUGUGCGAUAUAAAUGAAAGGAUAAGUUGUACCAAGCCCUUCAAGUCCAAGUAUGCCAAAGGGUUGGGCUUGUUUACUGAAGAUAGCAUUUUUUAUAAAUCCAAUAGUCUCUUUGGAAUAUUUUUUUACAGUUUGUUAACUAUUUUGGCUCAAUCGAGCACGAGAUUCACCACCUCAAUAUCCUUCGUACUAAUCGCUUUAUCAAACUUUUGCUCGCUAUGGUUCGCUUACAUCUUGUACUACGUCCUUUACGACCUUUGUAUGGUGUGCGUGGGAACGUAUUUGGUAAACUUUUUCAAUCUUAUCUUGGUACACUUCAAAAUGCGCAACACAAUGGACCACAUCCUUGAUGAAAGUAGAAGGAAAAAGAAGAAAGAAAAACACAAUUAAUUUUUUUUUUUGUUAUUCCAUAUACUUCAAUUUGACUGGUAGCUGUAGCGAAAUAAGCGUUUUUUUUUCGUUUCCCCCCGGUCCUUGAAAAAAUGGCUUUAUUGGGAACAAUUUUUUUUUAAUUUUAAAAUACACACAUUUUAAUAACGUUUAUAAAUUAAAUAUUUUAUUUUUA